AUGUCAUCAGUAUCCGCUUGGGCUACUUCCGCUCGCGAAGAAAUGAGAAGACAUCCAGCAAACGUCGAUAACAUGAACGAAGGCCUCCAAUCAAUAGAUGUAAUCGAAAACUUCUUGACUGGUGGCCAGUCAGCCCUCAGAGCCGGACGCCGUAUAGCCUGCACCUACGAACCACGACUCAAGACCGGACAAAGAGAUAAGAUUGACCCUCCAGACGGCAACGACGCAGAAUGGCAUGCCCAAGCUCCGCAACUACUCAACAUCACGAUAUUUGCAGCAACAUUGAUGGUCCACGCAGGCGGAAACCCCAAUGUGUCGUUUCCAGCAAGCAUUGCUAUGGAAAAUAGUGUAAAUCGACCAUACGAUAACACCCGAGAAUUGCAAGAAGAGUGGCGCAUGUAUAUACCGCCAGCAGCAACUUGGAUACUAAUUGCUGGAAGCAACAUACGUGAGCUCUGCUUCAUGGAUGAGCUACCCGAGACUGUCAACAACCAUGCGAAAUAG